AUGACCCAAAAUUUAACGUAUCUGGAGCUAACGAAUAUUAAGCAGGAGAAGGGAGAUAGUCUCAGAAAUUUUAUGGACCGAUACAACAAGACCGCACGACAGGUGAGGGGAGUAGGCAAGAAAUUCAUAAUUAGUACUUUGGCCAUGGCGUUGGGGCCUAGCUCUUUUGCGGACAAACUGUUCGUAAAACCCCCUAUGACCCUAGAUGAAUUGCAAGAAAGAACUGCUAAUUUCAUCAGAAUUGAGGAGAUGGGAGUCGUCCAAAAGCGGCAACAUGAGCAUAAUAAUUCAACUUCAGGUCAAGAGAAGAAAGAGGGAAAGAAAACGUUCGUCCCAGAUGAGUGCCAAAAAGGCCAAAAGUAUAGAGAUGGUCCAAAAGGGCCAAAAUUUGAAAGGUAUACCCCGUUGAACGCACCGAGGGCUAGAAUUCUAGAAGAAGCUCUAAGUGUCGAUCUCCUUCCACCCUUGAGGCCUUUUCUAUCUUCAAAGAAAGCCGAUGGAACUAAACAUUGCACCUACCAUCUAAAUAUAGGGCAUAUCACUGAAGAUUGCACGGUGUUGAGGGAUAAGGUGGAGGAAUUGAUUCGGGCGGGGCACCUGAGGAGGUUUGGGAAGGACGAGCGGGUGGGGAGAAGCCUACCCAAGCGGGGUAGGACUAAACGAACUGAUAAGAGAGAUAAUAGACGUCCAGAUCAUAAGCAAAGCAGAAGUCGGAGUCACGACCAACCGCUGCGUGGCGUGAUAAAUACUAUAUCUAAAGGUGAGGAGAGCGACGAGGGCGUGAUCAGGGAAGUGGUGGUGAAGGAGGAGGAGGAGGUCCUUCUUGAGGGAGAGCAGUUGGUCGUCGGGGGAGGAAAGAUCGAUGAGAAAGACGAAGGCGGGGAGAGGGGGAGGGGGAGAGGAGGAGGGGAGAGAAGGAGAGUACUCGACGGUGCUGUAGGUCCACGUGCAAAUGAAUUUGAUCCACGUCAUUAA